ACGUUUGUGUUCGUUUGUUCUCAUGUAUGUACAGUACACAUGUAUGUUGGAUGUGUUGGAGAUGACUAUGUCUGUCCUCUUAUUAUCAACAGUCAGAUUAAUGAACUAUCCAUGAUGGGACCUUCUAAUAGUUCUUGUUUCAAUGCAAUGGUGUACAGUGAACCGUAGGGAAACGGUUGCACUUUUAGUUCCUUGAAAGACUCAAACUGUAUGGACAUUUCCUCUGUUAAGGGUGAGAUAAACAUUAAUACACGAAUGAUACAAGGACAUAAUGAGCUAUACUGUGUCACAACUGAAAUGUGUGCUUUGAGACAGUCAGUGUUGUGUGAACCGUAUGUGACGUGUUUGUGUUAUCUUGGCAAGGUGGGAACUUGAUCUCUCCUCUUUGUACAUGAUGUAAGUAUGCAAGUAUAUUUAUGUUCUGCUGUACUCUGUGUUUCUGUACUCCUUGUAGUGUUUAUGUUGGUGUCAGAACAUGCUGAGUGAAGGCUUCCUGACCACACUGAGAUACAGGAGGGAUGGUGUGGACUCCCCCGCAACCACACAGCUUAAAAACGGUCCAACAGCUCCCCCUGCUGAGACCUGCGUAGAUGGCAGCUUUCUCUGGUCACCUCGAAUUCCAAGGUCUAUCAAAGCUGGGCAACAGAAAGCUCCAGAGCAGCCCAAGACCUGCCUGCUGACUGUCCCAGGCUCAGCCAUCACCAUCCCCAGGAACAGCUCAGAUGAGUACUGGGGUCUGGAGCUGUACCGCUCCUGGUGUUGCCCCAGCUUGUGUAAGAACUACCCUGACCUUCAAAUAGGUGGAGACCAGCUGGGAGACCGCAGCUCACAGAGCCCCCAGUGGCUGGCCCCGUCAGAGGACAGCCCUCUGCUAUGCUCCCAGGACCUGGGAGAAAUGGAGGCACUGCCAGGCCCUGAGCCACCCGGGGAUCGUGGGCCGUGGCUCGGGGGCCAAGCCCAGCAUGACAACGGUUAUAUGGUGAUGGAGACCAGCAUGCAAGGGACGGAGUCCAUCAGGGGCCAGGAGAGACUGUCCAACUCCAUGCUGAACGGGUACCUGGAGACCAAGCUGCUAGAAGUGUACCGCCAGCACAUGCAGGACAGCCUAGUACACGACAGGUCCUCUGUGAGUCUGGGGCUGGUGCCCACGCGGGUGCCCGGGAGCCUGGCGCCGCCCAGUGGACAGUGGAUGACUCAGGAGGAGAGGCUCGCCUCCGGCUCCAUUCACUACCUUAGCACCUGCAGCCUGCCAUCCCACUCACACUUUAGCUCUCCCAACCUGCGGAUUUCUGCCCCUCAUUCAAACGAUCAAAAAGAAACAAAUGGACAAUGAGAACUCGCACUCUAAUCCUCAAGCCCUGACCCAGCUUGACUCCCUAACCUGCUUAACACAAACAUGAGACCGUAAUGAGCCGUAACAGUGCCCUGUGUUUUCAGAACAGAACACCUUAACCAGAGAAGAUCAACUAUUUCAGUUUUUGAGACUUCAGGCACUUUUUGUUUCGUUGUUACUGUAAAACGUUUUUGAUCUAGUACUGUUUUGUUCUUACACGAAAGAGAUUAAGAGUGCAGUAAUUCUUGAUGUGACAUGAAAAAAGUUGCCAGUAUUUACAUGGACUGGCCAUAAGAAACGUAUAAAUAUGGUAUGGUAAAAAUGCAUUUGUGAUGCCAUCAAACAAGUAAACUACUAGUCCAUCUCCCAACGUUUGGUACAAACCUAGAUCUUAAACACCAAACCUAACCUACACAUUUCACAUUGUGGUCACACUUUAUUUAGAUGGUGCCCUAUAGACUAUCUGCAAAUGCUCAGAUUAAAAUCAAACUAUCUGUUGAAACUCUGUUAACUACAAUUUAUGGUUAAAGUUAGGGUUAGGGGUUGGGUUUGGUUAAGGUGAUGUUCAGUGAACAAUUAGAAAGACUGAAUUUGAAUUUCAACAAACCAUCUGUAAAGUCCUGUAGGUGGGCUGUCCAAAAAAGUAUUACCAUCAUUUCAUAUCCAACCCGAUACCCAAAAAAGUUGAACUGUUUAGAUUACACAUAAAUCAUUAUUUCUAAGCUUUAAAAGUGUAUAAUACUGUAUUUCAUAAAUAAACGUAUGGGUGUGAGUGUC